CAGCGUGCGGCUUUAACAGACUGACAUGAUACAGUAGUGAGUCUGCAGUUCACAGGAAGUGGUUUUGAAGUUUCCGUGUUCGUUCAUUUGCAUCAGAAACAUUCAACUGUGCACAACUAUCACUCUCACGGUUUGGAUACAGAGAGAUCCAAGAUGUCUGCCACAGAAAACCAGGCAGACCCCCGGGAAACCCCACUGCACAAAGGGACCAUUGAAAAGUUUGCACAAAACAUGGCAAACGCAAUAAUCCAGUCUCUCCAAUUGGAAAUACAAAACUAUGAGGAUUUUAAGGAAAGGCAUGCAAAAACGCUAGCAAUGAACGUGAUUGAAACCGCGUUGAGGGAAGUCAGUCAAAAGAACUCAACUUCACACCAACAAGAAACAAGCAAAAGCGACCAGACAUCACAGCAAAUCUAUCCAACUUUACCCCAAUCUGGACUGCCAAAUCUGGGGUCCCUGGACUACCCCGAUGCCCCUCCACCCACCCCUCUGCUCCCCGAAAUGGUGAAAAAUCGACAGAGUUUUACCAGAAAACUUAAAGGAGGAUUGGCCAAAGAGUUCACGCCAUCUCCUCCGCCGCCGACGCCAAAAGACGAGCAGGAUCGCUCAGAGUUUGACCAAUCCAAAGUGGAGAUGAUGCAACAGCUGAUGGAUUCACUGACCACUGAAGACUCCUGUAAAACACAGCGCCAGGCAGAAAGAGGAGGUGAUGGCGUUUGCAGAGACAGUCUCUUUGGAUGUCAUGAAGCUGGCUCACGAAGAAGUUAAAGACAGACUGAGUUUGGAGGUGCUAGCGACGCAAAUGGCAAAAACUAUUAUUAAACUGUUCUCUGGAUGACGCGAAACAGGUCUAGUCUAUUGGAUAGGCCAGUCGCUUUGGAACUUUUUACAGCAAAGAAAGUAUUUGCACCUUCAGAUCUAAACCAGGUCUAUAACAGGGCUAUUCCAGGUUUAAUCUAGGAUUAAACCAGGUCUAAAAGUGGACUACACCAUUUCCACUGUAGUUCUAAACAAGAAAUUUGCCAAAAAGUGGAUAAAAUCUACUCUAAAGUUAGGAAAACCCACAGAUUGAAGAGCUGCCUAAGUAACACCUGAAGGAGCUCGCAUUCCACAGUUUGAGAAACACUGAAAUAGGCCAAUGUUUUUCACUGUGUAAGUUUUCUGGUGGGGAGUCUGUCACGUGUCUGAUGGAGAUGAUGCUUUGUCUAAAAUGUUCCACAAUAUGGCAUUUGCGCCCUCUGUCUCCAUGGAGGCAAUUAGUGAUAAACCCCAGGCCAGUUAACAGGUCAGAUCUGUGGAGAGGUGACCACACUCACUGUAAGAAUGUAUGUCUUUCAAGGCAUUUUUGAGCAGUUAAACCCCUGUAGCUGAUAUAAACGCAGCAGACUUGAGGCACUAUUUUUAGGACUUGAGACUUGACUUGAUAAAAUGGACUAAGACUUGGGACUUGACUUGAACUUGAAGGUCAGUAAAUUGGGACUUGACUUGAGAAGACUUGAUGCUUUUACUAAAAAUAUAUGUUUUUAUAAAAUACUUUUCUCUCUACAGUUGAUACAUGUGGUGUUGAAUUUUACAGGAACAAACUGGAACAUGCCCCUCCCACUUCUGUUUUGUACUGAAGUACUACGAUACUCAAAUAUACUACAGUAAUAUACAGUACAAUGCAGUACGAUACAAUAAUAUACAGUAAAACAGAGGGAACUACGUGGAGCGUGAUCCUUCCAUUUCAGUGCAGACUACACGCUUCAUACAUAACUGUUAUUAAGCACCUUUAAAUCUGAAUUCUUUCAUUUCCGAUCGUAGUGAUUCACACUAAAAUCUUGUCAAGGCAUUUAAAAAGGAAAAAUUUACAUUUCUGCUAUUAUUAUAUAAAUUCUCAUAUAUUAAUAUACCAUGACUUUUUAAGUACAAUUUAUCUUAAAAUUCACAUAAACUGCAAAAAUCUAACCUACAAUUUGUACUUUGGUUUAGAUAUGAAAUGACUUGAAUCUCAAAGCAGACGACCUGGACUUGACUUGGACUUAUGAGUCAGUGACUCGAGACUCAGCUUGGACUUGCCUGUAUUUGACUUGGGACUUGACUUGGACUUGAGGUCAAACAACUGAGACUUACUUGAGACUUGCAAAACAAUGACUUGGUCCCACCUCUGAAACGCAAUAAUGAAUCAGAUUUUAAUGUCAUACUGUGGAACUUUCCAGGCAACGCAAUCACAUCUCCAUGGAGACAACCAGGGAGUGCACCCUUAUUAACUGUGAUGUAUAUUUUUUAUUUUCUCUGGUCAUUUUGAAAAACUGACAGUUUGACACUGUACACAGAAUUGCACAAAAUGUUAUAAAAAGCUUUAGUAAAA